AUGGACAUCGAUGGGGAGAAGGCACCGCCGGACGACGCACCACAACGGAGGAUGUCCUUCAGGGACAAACUAAUGGGGGGAGCGGUGGCUCCCAAACAGAAACAAGUUGAGGAUCUCGUGGAAUUGGGUAAGAUGAAAAUAGAGCUGGUGGAUGGGAACAGACUACUACCGAGUGUUACUACUGACAGUAAGGUUUUGGAGGAUAUGAGUGCACCAUGGAAGGAGUCGUUGAUAGUCUGUCUGCUGGGGAAGAGGCUAGGGUACAGAAUCAUGAAGAGUAAACUGACGUCUAUCUGGAAAUUAUCGGGAGACUUUGAACUCCUAGAUGUAGGCAAUGGCUUUUUUAUGGUGAAAUUUGAUAUUCCGGCAGAUAGGGAGAAGGUCGUAAAUGGGGGACCAUGGAUGAUUUUUGACCAUUAUCUGGCAGUGUCUACAUGGAGUAGGGAAUUUGUCUCCCCGGCGGCCCGAGUGAAUACCACGCUAGCAUGGAUCAGGAUCCCGGGUUUGAAUGUGGUCUUUUAUGAAGAAAGUUAUCUUCUUUCCGUAGCCAGAGCAAUUGGAAGGCCAAUUAAGGUUGACAUGAACACGCUGAACGCAGAUAGAGGGAGAUUUGCGCGCAUAUGUGUGGAACUUGACUUGACCCUGCCGGUGGUUGGAAAAGUUUGCAUUGAAGGGUUUUGGUACAAAAUUGAAUAUGAGGGCCUGCACGUUAUAUGUACUAAAUGUGGCUGUUAUGGGCAUCAUUCCAGGGAGUGCAAAGUGUUCCAGCCUGUGAUUGAGACAUCUUCUCAGCUAGCACAACCGUCUGAAGGAAUCGUCCAAGGAAAUCCUAGUGCGCCGGCGGCUGGAAACCCUAGUACGCAGGUGGCGGCAAACCCUAGUGACCAAGCUUCAGCGGUGAAAGAGGUGACCGGGAAUUCAGCGGCAGUUACUGAUGACACGGAAGAUUUGGCCAUGAAUACAGGAGAUAUUAGUGGACAUAUUGAUGAGUCAGUUGGCAACGAGGAGGGGGAGAAGCCUAAAUUAAAGGUGGCACUUGAUGGAAAUUUCGAAAUUUUAGGUGAUUGGAUGACUGUUGUGAAGAAAAAAAAGAAACAAUCUGUGCGGGGCCCAAUUUUUAAAGCACAGCCAGCUUUGAAUAACACAAUCACGGGAAAAUCAAAGAAUAAUCAUGGGGAACGGAAAACAAGGGAUCCCAUGAAGAAAGUCAAAGAGGUUCAAAAGAGGAAUGAAAUUCCAAUGGUGGGAGACCACACACACGUGGGAUUUAUUGCAUCUGAAAGCAAAAAACGUAGAUUUCGCAACACUGGCUCAGAGGUGGCGAAUGGCACUUAUGCGCGGGACCCACAACCAUCCAAUACCAAUGAUAAUUGGGAUCAUCAUCUCAAGGGUAUUCAAUUGGCAAAUAACGUGCAGACCCCUUUGAAAAUUGGGGAAUCAAGUACUAUAUUGGAGGGAGCAAAUGCAUAUCCUAAAAGGAUUGGAUUUACAGAGGGACGAGCUACAGGGGGAGAAUUUUCCCCAAACACCAACAAUACUAAUGCCUAG